AUGAAUACCAAAUUGUGCCUUGGGGUCGCGCUCUUCUGGUGCUUGGAGUGCCAAAGUUUGGCAUUUGCCAAGCGAUACGAUCCUGGGGUUGACAACGAUGUCAGCGCUACGUGCUCGGCCGAGGGCUUCUGCCUAACUGUGGGCUACACCGGGAAAGCUUGGAAGCCGGACGAAUGCUCUGAUCCCAUUGCAUUGAGUCCCGAUGAAUACUUCAAACGAGACGCAUUCGGUCGCUUCUCUGCAUACAAUCGAGCUUCGCAAGCAAGCUACAUUCCAUCUCUCAAAGCGAAUGAAGUCCAAUUCGCAUUAUUCCGUCUCUUGCUGGAGUAA